AUGUGCCUGAGGUUCUUGGGCUCCCUGGCCCCAGGAAUUGGGGAGAGGCUUCUUCAGCGCUUACAAAUCAGAGUGGAGGAAAAAGAAGACGAUACUGAGGAAAGCUCAAGUGAAGAGAAAGAAGAGGAGGAAGAUAAACUACCUCGAAGAGAGAGCUUGAGACCAAAGAGGAAACGGACCAGAGAUGUUAUCAAUGAGGAUGACCCAGAACCUGAACCAGAGGAUGAAGAAACAAGGAAGGCAAGAGAAAAAGAGAGGAGGAGGAGGCUAAAGAGAGGAGCAGAAGAAGAAGAAGAAAUUGAUAAAGAGGAAUUGGAAAGAUUGAAGGCAGAGUUAGACGAGAAAAGACAAACAAUUGCUACUGUCAAAUGCAAACCGUGGAAGAUGGAGAAGAAAAUUGAAGUUCUCAAGGAAGCAAAAAAAUUUGUGAGUGAAAAUGAAGGGGCUCUUGGGAAAGGAAAAGGAAAACGGUGGUUUGCAUUUAAGAUGAUGAUGGCCAAGAAAUGGGCAAAAUUCCUCCGUGAUUUUGAGAACUUCAAAGCUGCAUGUAUCCCAUGGGAAAAUAAAAUCAAGGCUAUUGAAAGUCAGUUUGGCUCCUCAGUGGCCUCAUACUUCCUCUUCUUGAGAUGGAUGUAUGGAGUCAAUAUGGUUCUCUUUAUCCUGACGUUCAGCCUCAUCAUGUUGCCAGAGUACCUCUGGGGUUUGCCAUAUGGCAGUUUACCUAGGAAAACAGUUCCCAGGGCCGAAGAGGCAUCGGCAGCCAACUUUGGUGUGUUGUAUGACUUCAAUGGUUUGGCGCAAUAUUCCGUGCUCUUUUAUGGCUAUUAUGACAAUAAACGAACGAUUGGAUGGAUGAAUUUCAGGUUACCGCUCUCCUAUUUUCUAGUGGGGAUUAUGUGCAUUGGAUACAGCUUUCUGGUUGUCCUCAAAGCAAUGACCAAAAACAUUGGUGAUGAUGGAGGUGGAGAUGACAACGCUUUCAAUUUUAGCUGGAAAGUCUUUACCAGCUGGGACUACCUGAUUGGCAAUCCUGAGACGGCAGACAACAAAUUUAAUUCUAUCACAAUGAACUUUAAGGAAGCCAUAACAGAAGAAAGAGCAGCCCAAGUAGAAGAAAACGUCCACUUGAUCAGAUUCCUGAGGUUUCUUGCUAACUUCUUCGUGUUUCUAACACUUGGAGGGAGUGGAUACCUCAUCUUUUGGGCUGUGAAGCGAUCCCAGGAAUUUGCACAGCAAGAUCCUGACACCCUUGGGUGGUGGGAAAAAAAUGAAAUGAACAUGGUUAUGUCCCUCUUAGGGAUGUUCUGUCCAACAUUGUUUGACUUAUUUGCUGAACUAGAAGACUACCAUCCUCUCAUUGCUUUGAAAUGGCUACUGGGACGCAUUUUUGCUCUCCUUUUAGGCAAUUUGUAUGUAUUUAUUCUUGCAUUAAUGGAUGAGAUUAACAACAAGAUUGAAGAGGAGAAGCUAGUUAAGGCCAAUAUUACCCUUUGGGAAGCCAAUAUGAUCAAGGCCUACAAUGCAUCAUUCUCUGAAAACAGCACUGGACCACCCUUUUUUGUUCAUCCUGCAGAUGUACCUCGAGGACCCUGCUGGGAAACGAUGGUGGGACAGGAGUUUGUGCGGCUGACGGUCUCUGAUGUUCUGACUACCUACGUCACAAUCCUCAUUGGGGACUUUCUUAGAGCAUGUUUUGUGAGGUUUUGCAAUUAUUGCUGGUGCUGGGACUUGGAAUACGGAUACCCUUCGUACACGGAAUUCGACAUCAGUGGCAACGUCCUCGCUCUGAUCUUCAACCAAGGCAUGAUCUGGAUGGGCUCCUUCUUUGCUCCCAGUCUCCCAGGCAUCAAUAUCCUUCGACUCCACACAUCCAUGUACUUCCAGUGCUGGGCCGUGAUGUGCUGCAAUGUUCCUGAGGCCAGGGUCUUCAAAGCUUCCAGAUCGAAUAACUUCUACCUGGGCAUGCUACUGCUCAUCCUCUUCCUGUCCACCAUGCCUGUGUUGUACAUGAUCGUGUCCCUCCCGCCAUCUUUUGAUUGUGGUCCCUUCAGUGGCAAAAAUAGAAUGUUUGAAGUCAUUGGAGAGACCCUGGAGCAUGAUUUCCCAAGCUGGAUGGCGAAGAUCUUGAGACAGCUUUCCAACCCUGGGCUGGUCAUUGCUGUCAUUUUGGUGAUGGCUUUGACUAUCUAUUAUCUCAAUGCUACUGCCAAGGGCCAGAAGGCAGCGAAUCUGGAUCUAAAAAAGAAGAUGAAAAUGCAAGCUUUGGAGAACAAAAUGCGAAACAAGAAAAUGGCAGCUGCACGAGCAGCUGCAGCUGCUGGUGGCCAGUCAUAAGUAUCCUGAGAACCCAGAAAAGGUUCACUUUGCCUUGCUGUUUCAAAUCUGUGAAGGCCCAGAGAACAAGUACUGUGGAACUUCUGUUUUCCUGUUCUACCCCUGAUGGAUUUUCGAGGUCAUUCCGGGCAAUCAAGGCAUCAUGAAUCCUACCUGAGCAAAAAGAAUCUUCACCUUAUUCCAAAUUCAGAAGCUGUUUCUGUGCAGCAACUCUCUCCCCUGCUCCAUUUCGUGACUUUUUUUUUUUUUUUUAACCAAUUGAUUUUAGAAGUGGGUGUGAUCCAGCAAUACAAUUUACUGGUUUCGUUGGUGGAUUAAUUAAAAAGAAAUUACUUAUAUGAACUUUCAUUUUAUACAUUUCUUUUGCCUUAGUUUUCUUAAACUGAGAGCAAAAAUAUUUCAUCCUUUUUCCUCUAAGUUCAGAAAUAUCUGCGAAAAAAGUACUCGUAAUCAUUCAUUAACUCACUUUUUGAAACCAAUACCUUAUUUUCUCUUUUUUUCUACCCGCUUCCCCACCCCUACCCCCCGCAAAUAUAUACCUAAAACCUUUGUAUUUGGUGCUGGGUUCAGUAUGAAGAGAAAUAGGCUUUUUAUAAAUAAAAUCCUAUGUGAAUUGGGGCUUGGGUAGCACUGAGUUGAAGACCUCUUACCUUGAGACGGUACAUGAGUCUUAUACAGCCUAACUUUUUAUGA